AAUUUAACUUCAUAGAUAAGAAUUAAUAUGAAACUAGUAUUUAAGUUUUUCAUAUAAUGUCAAUAUGUGGGCAUGCAUUUUUUAUUUAAUUUUAUGUUUUUAUGUAUUACAAGUUCCAAGUCAAAAUCAAUCACAACAGGUUAAGUCUAAUAAUGACAAUAAGAGAAAACUUCCGCGGCCUCGACAUAUUGGUGCCAAGGGAAAAAGGAAGCUUAAAACGGGAACAGACGGCGAAAACUCAUCUUGCUGGCUAACACUCAACGCCAAAGAGCAUUUCGAAACUAUGGAGGCGUUGGAAAAACCGUUCGAACAAGUCCGGAGAGAAUAUGAUGAAGCACAGUACUACGACAAAUAUGACGAGGAAAUACUCGGCACACUGCUGUCUGACCACGGCGGCACCCACCGCGAAACACAGAAACAUGGGAACCAGAGACGCCUGAUUCCUUCGGGACUCAAUCUUGGAGGAUUCUCUAUGCUGAGGAUGGCAGAUUCUCUCAUGUUUUUCCAUAGAAUGAAACUCCGCAACGACACAGUGUUCCGCGUCAACUACCUGAGCAGCAAUUUCACCAACAUGGUGUUGACUGGCCGGCUGGCUCUCAACGACCUGCACUUGAUCGGCUCUUACGAACGAGUUCAAACAACGCCAACGGCGCCAUCGACUCUCUUCUACACACCUUCUUAUGGAGAAGUCGAAUUCCUUCUGCGGAACGUCGUAUACAAAAUGGAGGGUAGAUACAGAUUGCAAAGAGAUAGAUUAUUUCUGGAGAUGAUCCUGUCAGAAUUAUACGUACCGUACGAUGGAAUACUUAUGAUGUACAGAAAAGGCAAUUCGUCUAAGGAAAAAGAGAUGAAGAGUCUUCAGCCAAAACAUAUCUCCGAUUUUUUGAAUAGAAUGAAAACGGAUUUAGACUUAUGGCUGAAGGACUUUUUCAACGAAUUUCUUUUGAAUCACCCGCCGAUAACAGUCCCUUCGCAAGAAGCGUUUCAGAAGUACGACAAGGAGAGGAUUAUAACUCUGAACAGAUAUGUGGACGAGGUCAUCGGUCAGGUGACCGACCGUCUGGAGGAACUGGACGAUGAGAGUGUCAAAUUACCGAAUUUCUCCAUUUACGCUUUCUUUGGCUUUAUAUUAGACAUGACUGACGGCACUCUGACGGGUCUCGAAACUAUGUACCGCCGCUCUAUGGCGACCAACAAGGUGGAAAAAGACGUACGAGAAGUCGAUGCUCUUGUAUCGUUCAGCAGUCUCAAGGUACGAUACAGUUACGAGGUUAAAAUGACGACGGGCGCUCCACCUCUAUACGGCAGCCUCAUCCUGACAGCAGACGAGCUCACUGCCAUCAUGCGUCUGCAUCUGGUGAAGGAUCCGCCUUUCGUCGACAUGAAAAUGGACUUCUUACAGCAAAUUAAACCAGAAUCCCUGACCGUGGAAGGCUCCGUGGCAGGAGUAAUAGCAAACUUCAAGCAUCUCCUGGAAUUGCAUAUAGUAGCCAUCAUGACUAACACCAUGAUCGACCAAGUGAAGGGUCUAAAAUCGUUGGUGGAAUGUGUACCUACUCUCUUUCCAAGGCUGCCAGUUGCAGAAGCAGAAGAAACGGAGAAGAACGACGACAAGAACAGACUUCAGAACGAAGAGAAAGAUGAUGUUGACACGACUUCAAAAAUUGCAGUGAAACAAAAUACAGUGGCCAUUAAGCUUAAACCGCAUAAAUCGACAUAAUAAAGCAUUGAAAGUGUCAAAGACUCGUGAUCCUAUCGCCAACUUUCGUACUACGUUUAUUUUCACGCAGGUACCUUGGUAGAGGUCACUUGUUACCUCUGUGUUGCUUCAAAAUCUAAUAAAUAAAGUAUAUGAUGUUUGCUUCAGUUGAUUAUAAAGAUCCUUUUAAAAACGAGAUUAAUUAUUGAAAUAUUAUGUUAGUAAUUCCGUAAGAUAAGAUUAUAUCUAAGCGAUGCAGCUGCGGUCGAAAGGUAGUCUCGAAUGUGUAUAUAACAAAUCAUUUAUCAAUAAAAAAAUAAAAAAUGGAAACCUGAA